UUUAAAAUAAUGCAUGUGACCAGACCAUGAAUCAUUGAAUAUAGGAAGUGAUUGGUGGGACGGAGUAACGAGGAAGAGAAGUUAGACAAAGGAAAAAGAAAAGAGUGAAUAAGCGAGCAAUAAAGACAGAGAAAGAAAGAGGGAGAGGUGAAGCUGGUUAGGUCAGCCGUUUUCUAAGGUGUUCUCUGGUGUUAUUGUCAUAUAUUAAUUAGUAGUAUUCUAUUAAUUGAAAUCGACGAAACGAAUGGAAAUACUUUUAAAAUAUUGGUUUGAAUAAAAGUGAUUUGAUAUAAAUAUUUAUUUAAUUGUUAUCACUUGCGUGGUACAACUAAACAAACUGUAUAUAUUAUUGUGAUAAAUGCAAAGAACACAAUGAUAUGCGAACAGAAUGCCUGAGAUACCGUCCAAGUUGUUGGUUCGUGCCGAAAAAGGUGUGAGUUUAAAGUCAAAUUGUGGCAUAUCGUUUACUUGCCGAGAUAUACUGGGAUCUUAAUAUCAAGGAUUUUUUCAGUAAAAUAUUGAUGUGAUUUAAAAUUUUUGUGGAGUUAUUUAAUAAAUAACCCCGGGAAGCUAAAUUCCUGAUAGUUGGGAAUGAGGAUGCCCGGGGAAAAGUAGCCCUAAUUAGGAAAACAUGGAAAAAUGCAUUGGGUAACACAGCUCGGAAUGAGUAAGCUCGGAGUGUUGUUGAUAUGUUGGCUCUAUCAAAAACUUCCUGGAGCUCUUGCUUUUCCAGUUAGUUCAUCCAGUACUUCAGAUUCCACUGAAUCAAAAUUAUGGUUACCACAAUUUCACUAUAUUUUGGGUUCAGUUGUAGUCGUAGCAAUGGUAUCAGCUUUUCUUGGAUGCCUUUGCUGCCGACGAGAACGUCGAGCGAAAGGAUUUCAAGAUACUAAAGGAAGUAAAGAGCAGGAAUUUAAAGAUGGGAGCAUAGUUGGAAGUGAAACAAUUAUUGAACGUGGCUUGGAGUUGGAAGUGUCCCGAUCAGCUAAUUCAACAAAUCAAUUUCAAUUUGAGCCUUUGACUGUUGAAUGUUUUGUUCCUGAAACAAGAGGUAUAUUAAAUAAACCAUCAAAACCACCAUCACCUUCGCUUAUAAGCGAUAAUAGUCUUGAUAAAGAUGAAAACAAUUUAUCACCGUGUCAAGAAUGGUUUUCACCAAGUCUACAUGUGCCACGUGAACGACUUAAAUAUCUUCGAGAAAUAGGUCGUGGUUGGUUUGGAAAAGUAGUAGAAGGUACUCAAGAUUUAGAUCCUGGAGGAACAUCACCAAAAAAUGAUGGAGUAGUUGUAAGGAUUCUUACAGAAGAAGCAUCGACGAGUGAACGAGCGUGGUUUUUGGGUGAAGCUUUACCUUAUCUUAAAUUACAUCACCAAAAUCUGUUAAAAUUACUCGGUGUUUGCUUAGAAACUGACCCGUAUUUAUUGCUUUUUGAAUCUUGUCCCGGAGGUGAUUUAAAGACAUUUUUAAAAUCUAAUCGUCAGUCUAAUGAAACUUUAACUGAAACAAAUAUACCCAUAAAAAUGGCUAUAGACAUUUCAAUUGCUCUAGAUCAUAUGCAUCGUCAUGGUUUCGCCCAUACUGAUCUUUCAGCAAGAAAUUGUCUUGUUGCAACAGAUUUAUCAGCUAAACUUGGUGAUUAUGGAAUUGGUGUUGAAAAAUAUCCGGGUGAUUAUUAUGUCGUUGGAGAUCGAGCACUUCCAAUACGAUGGUCUGCGCCUGAAAGCUUAGUUUGUACAGAUACGACGAUUGAAACACGUACAAUAACACCACAAGCCAACCUUUGGAGCUUUGCAAUACUUCUUUGGGAGAUUGGUAGCUGGGGAGAUCGGCCUUACGAUGACCUUGGUGAUGAUCAAGUAAUUGAAAUGAUUUUAUCAUGCAGAUUUUAUGACCAUCUUCCAUUCAGAAAUCUUAAAGAAUCUCCAGACAAUCUUCUAGAAGCUAUUAAAUCUUGUCUGAAGUUAGAACCAAAUGAUCGAGCAGGUCUGAACCAAAUAAUUGAGAUAUUGAAAGAAAAAAACUUGGAUUUCGAUCUACGAUGGGAGACAUUAAAGCCUAAUACUAAAGAACCAAUGAGAAGUCUCAGUUUGAAAGAACUCCGACAGAGUACUGAUUCAGACUUGUGGCAAGCUGACGAUAAAGCAUUUAGUACACCUCAAGCAAGUUUUAAACUUGGGCCUGGAGAACCAAUCAGAAACGCUCCUUUAGCUAGAACUGAUGUUAAUUUAGAAUCUGGAUCAGAAACUGAAGAAGAAAGUUGGAGAGGUAGGGUCGAACGAGGUGCUUAUACAGAAAAAGUUCGACAGAAAUCUAAAUCUGUUGCUGAUCUGAUGGUACUUGUACAUAUCGAUUCGGAUUCAGAAGCCGAAUGGUCCUUAGGACCUCAAGUUAAUGAAAAACCAAGGAAGAAAUUAGCAUCUGGAAGUGUUGGUGACUUGAGAAGUACCGCUCGUGCAGAUGAAUUUGAUGAAGCUCUGAAAAAACUUCGCAAUUCUAGCUCUGUAAAAAUCUUGAAAGAAUCAAAUGAAAAAAGCUUAAAAUCUGCUGAGUCAAUUUCUAAAGAAGAAAAUAAAAAUAUUGUAGAGUGUACAUCAACACCAAAAAAUAAUUUAACGUCAGCUCCUAAUAAUUUUGUUGAUGUUGAGCUCUGGAAAAAUGCUUUAGAAUUUGAAUUAGAACGUAAAGUUUCAGGAUUUGAUCUUGAGUCAAUCGAUUUUGGAAAAUUGAUUGGUGAUAAAUGUGAAUCAAGGUCAGCUUCUGACUUGCUUGAAACUUCAAUAUCUGCUCCAAAUACUCCACAAUCACGUGGUGAAGAUUUAUCUGUUGACAACGAGGAUUUUUCUAAUAGCGAAGAAGUUGAAACUGAGAGACGGAGACUUCCCGAUGGUGAUGAAGAGGAAGAUCGAAAACAUUUAUCAACCCCAGAUGAUGAGAGAAGUUCAGACAGUGGUUUCAGAGAUAAAGAAUCGUGUGAGGAAGAAGAAAAUCCAAUACCAUGUAGUCUAUCCCAUUCGGCUUUAAAUUCUUAUGGUGCUUUAUUUAAUACUCCACUUUCGGCAUCAACAGAAGAAGAACAGCUUAAAGUUUUAUUAGAGCUUGAUAAUAUUCUUGAUGCAGAGGACUGCAAGUCCUUAGAUGGGCAAGAUAUAUCUUUGUCGCCCAGUAAAAUAAAUUUAAAUAUUUUAGAAGAAGAUUCUAUAAUUUCAGCUUUAAAAUCACAACUCGAUUCUCCUAUUAAUGAUACUGACUUAAAAUUAAUUGAUGAAAAAAUUUUCGAUAAACUAGAUAUUAAAAUUAAUGAAAAAAAUAUUGAUUCUCCAGAAAAGCAAAUAGAAGAAGCCUCAAAUUUAGAACCAACUGAAAAUACUGUAAAUAAAUUAGAUAUUAAAGAUAAUAAAGACAUUAAUUUUGUAGAAAAAAUAAAUGAAGAGAUUCUAGAUUUUAAACUGAUUAGCACACAAGCUGUUGAAGAAUCAAUCGCAAAAGAUGAAAAAGAAAUAUUUCCUGAUAACAAGCAAACUGCAGAACCAGAUUUAGAAUUGAUUGAAAAAAAUGUAGAUGAAUUAAUCGCAGAAGUUGAAAGGAAUCUUAAUUCUAUAGAGAAAAAAUUCGAAGAACCAUUGGCAAAACUUGAAAGUUUAGAUAAAUCGAAUAUUGAAUCAUUGAUGGAAUCUCAGGAUCCUGAAAAUGAUAAUGAUGAUGAAGAUAGUUCAACAAUGAGUCUUCGUAGUGAUAAUUCUUACGUUUCUUUUAAUCUUGAUGAAGAAUUUGUUGCAGCGAUUAGAAAUGAACUUCAGGAGAAACUUCCGCGUGCUCAGAUGUCGGUUGUUGAGUCACAAGAAUUGCGAGAUGACGAAGUAUCAGCAGUAAACCUUUCAAAGAAUGAGAAAAAGUCAUGGGAAUAUGAAGAUGAUACGAAUGAACGUGAAAGUAGUAAUAUUGAUAUUGCAAUCAGGUAUAAUGUGUAUGGAACUCCUUUGAGUCCUAUUCUUGAAGAACGUGAGAGCAAUGCAACAUCUGAGUCACUUGGAGAUGCAUCGAUUGCGUCAAAAUUGUCAGGAUUUUCAGAAGAUGUUUUAGUUGUUGAUACUAGAACAAAUCGAGUUUUGCUAGUAGAAGGUAGUUUCGAUCGCCAAGAUGAUGACAGAGAUACGUCUCAUGGUGAUAUGACAGACGACGAAAGUGCUGAUUGUGAUUCAAAUAAUUUUGGAAAUAAUUUAUUAGGAAUUCAAGACAAAAUAACUGGUGUACCAAUGCCUAGUCCUGAAGAAGAAUCUAAGUGGCAAGCACAAUUUCCUAUUCAACUCCAAGAUGAUCUUAUGUCUACAAGUUUUAGUACUGAACAUGAUUGGGAUAGUCAGGAUGAAGAUGAAAAAGCUGGUGAAGAUGCAACUGAAGAAGAUGACGAUGAUAGUUCGAGUUCUGGAGAAUUUGUCUGGAAGCGCUACGAUGAUAUACCUGAAAACGAAUCGAAAAAUGCGAAUACUGAGGGAAAAAUUGAAGAAGAAGCUGAGUACGAAGACGAAGAUGAAGAAGAGUUUACACCUUCCGCUUGGGAUGCAACUUUAGCUCCUCAUAGAUCAGCGUUAAGGUCACCAGAAAAAACUCUCAAAACAGGAGAUUUAUGUGUUAAUACUUACUGUCAGGAGGAACUCGAUCAGAAAAAAAAUGUUUGGUUUAAAAAACAACGUUAUCACUGUGUUUACGAAUAUCCAAAAGAAACCUUAGUCCCCGAAUGCCAAGGCCAAGCUACAACAACGUGGGAACCAACAUCUUACGCCGACUGGGAAGAAAUGUUGGAAGAGCCCAAGGUUGAUCAUUAUCCAAUUGACUACGAAUCUAAUCACGAUGACGAAGAAUUCUUCGUCAGUAGUGGAAAUAGACCUUUUCAAUUUCAAGUAGGCGAUGGAAAGUAUGUAAGCCAAUUUUUCCCUGGAGCUGCUGAAUCAUCAAAAGAAAAUGAAUCACACGGAAAUUUAAAAAUAAAUCCAGUUGAUGAUAAUCAAAGUCAGCAACAGCAACAAACACAAUUGGGUAAACUCAGACAUACGAGAGAUAGAUUAAAGCUCAAUUUACCAAUAAAAAAUACUUCAGACACUUCAAGCACUGUGAUUAUUACUGAAAUUGAAACUGACCAAAAUGAACAGAUCAGCCGCAUAAAUGAUGAAAGUGAUACGAAAACUGAAAAGACUGAAACCAGUACAGAAUCUUCCAUUUCAAAAGAUGACCAAUCAAUUAUUUCUGUCAUAAGAUCUCCAAUGGAAUCAUCAUUUGAAAAUUCAAGCCACGAAGAUAUUAAAAGCUCGAGCAAUGCAGAAAGUGACGGAGAAAUUAACGAACUCGAGAUUUCUUUUUCUUGUAAAGAAAAUGCACCUGUAAAAUCAUCACGUCGACCACUUGUUAUUUCUGAUAAAAAUAAUAUUGCUAGUAAAGAUAAUCUUCCUGAUCAACCUCAUGAUGUAAUUGAAAGGGUAGAUGAUACAUUGACUAAUAUUCAAAAAGUAUCGGAAACUAUUAAAGAACAGGAACAAAAGCUAUUGGUAAUGGAGAAGAAACAGGACGAAGUUUUAUCAAAAGACGAAUGUUCAUUAAAACCGUCUGAAAAUGAUCAUGUGAUAAAAAUAAGUGAAACGGAUGUUGAAUAAUUCAAUAAAUCCGUCCGUGAGCCUACUUAAAGUUCAAUAAACAACUUAAGAGUGUUACUUUUUUUUUGCUUCUUACAAAUAAGGUCCAUAUUAAAAUGCAAAAAAUUAAAAUAAAUGAAAAGCAAUGAAUGAAUAACUUAAGUAGAUGAAUGAGAAAGUCUCAAUGGAAAGAUGAGUUUUCUCGAUAGAGAGCUCAAUUGGCAAAAGUCCGUCCUAAUAAUGAGAUAAUUUUCAAAAGUAAUAUUUUUUAUUUCAUAUAAUUUUUAUGUAAAUAAUUGAAUGGUAAAAUUACAAACGCAAUCUUGAUUCAUAAAUUAGUUUUUAAUUCGACUCUAAUUGUUUCAUUUUAAAUUUUUAGCGAAAAAUUAAUUUAAAAAAAACAAAGAAAGAAAUAUUGGUUCUUCGUUAAAUAAUUGUAAAUAUUUAUUAAUUUAUUGUAGAUGCAUCGAAAAUCGUGCCUAUAAAAUUGAUAUUUUUUUUUCAAUAUGUUUUUGUUAUAUUCAAAAAAGUGUCUUGAAUUGUUUUAGACUAAAAAACAAAAUUCUUAUGUACUUGGCAUUCAAUAGCUCUCUAAUAUCUAAAGUAUUAUUAUUAAAAGAAAAAAAAGGCAAAACGAACAAACAAGUAACAAAUUAAAGAGAAAGCUAACCAAAAAAUCCUGGAAAUAAUAGAAAAACAAUUUUGGUAGACGUUGCUAAAGAUACCACCAAUUACGAUAGAAUAACAAUAAUAUUGUCACUCACAAGAAUUUACCCUGUGAUAAUGAAAUUAAAGAUUUUUUGUUUUCUUUGUUUCAAAUGAAAUGGCGAUAAAAUAAUUAGGUAAAGCACGAAAAAAUAACAAAUUUAUUAAAGAGUUUUAUAUUGUAGUAUAAUUAAUUUGCACAUUAAGAAAAUAUGUUGAAUUGAUAUUUUUUGUCGUUAUAAUAUAUAAUAUGUAUAGUUAACUUUUUAAUCUUUCAAAUUGACAUCAAUUUCACAUGAAAAUGAUUAUUUAUGUUAGAUUAUUUAUAUUGAAUAUUUUAUUCGGAACGUGUAGAAAAUUUAAUUUUAAAAAGAAAUAAAAUUACAUCAGACAAUCGUCUUAGAAAAAAAAAAAAAAAAAAGAAAAAAAAAAGGUUUUUUUUACUUCUUUACUAUUAAUAUGAAAACAAUAAUAAGAAAAAUGAAAUAAUUUUUCUUUGUACAGAUGAAAGUUAGAAUACAAAAUGUCAAAAUACUGUAAUUUUUGCAGGUAAAGCGAUUAGUAACGAAUAAAAUAUUUUUAUUUUAAGAUAGCGAUUAUGACUAUUGUUAUUAAUACGCUAGAUAUUGUUAAAAUUAAAAACACCGAACGCACCGUCGCUACAAUUUGUAGGAUAUUAUUUCAAUAGAGGAUGAUUAAUAUAUUGCUAAA